AUGGCUGAUGGCCGACGGAGGCGACGUGGAGCAGAUGAUCGAUCGCGUGGUGCUGGAACAGUUCACCACUCGGCUCCCGAAGAAGACCGCCGAGUGGGUCCAGUGCCACCGGCCCACGUCGCUGGAUUCGGCCAUCCAAUUGGCGGAGGACCACUUGGUGGCGUGCCCAGGGGUCGGCGAACCCUUGCCAUCUGUCUCUCUCUCUCCCUCUCUUCCUCCCCUCUCUCUCUCGAGACCUGUCCCUCUACCUAGGUCCCGUCCGCCCGGCCCGCCUCGUGUUCCGCCCCGGGGGCGGGGUGGAACGGAUUCUCAGCAGUUCGUGGCGCCAAGAGCCCCGCCCAGGGGGGCGGGACUGGCCACCGCCGGGCUGGACCCCGCGCCUGCUUCUCCCCUCUCUCCACGCCAAUCAUUCGGCCCGUUCUCCGCCACUGGAGCGGCGGGCAGGUCUGGGCUGGCCUGUUGGCGUUGCGGGGACCCGGAUCACUUCAUAGACCGGUGUCCAGUGAUGGAGGUGGGGACAUUGAUCCGGGUCCCGGACGACCUGCAGGUCGCCCCCGGUCAGGCUGGUCAGUACCAGAUACCAUAAUUGGCGUGGAGACAGGAUAAAACGCCAGGAGAAGCAGGAGCGUGUGAGAGAGAGAGGGACUGCUGACAGUCAGACUGAGUGAGCUGUGCU